AUGAGUAACCGCAGCCACGGUCUCUCUUUUGUCCUACCCCUCACAAGUUUCGGGAACGUGUUGAUGCUCCUCUUCAGCGUCUUCCUGGCUUCAUCCAUCAUCCUUCUCAACAUAUCUGUGUCUCUUUCCAUAUUGAUCAACAGGGCGUUGCGCACUGAGAACCGCUUCAUGUACAUGCUGAGCACCUGCCUUAGUGACAUCUGCACAGGUGUCUCCUAUUACUAUGUGGGUGUCCUAGAUGUGAGGGACACCUUCGACUCCCCCACCAGAACCUUUUUUGUCGUGCCCACAUUUUUGGGUCUGUCCUACAUGGCCAUUCUGGCCGCUCAGGCCGACAGGUACCACGCAGUGUCCUCACCUUUCAAAUACUCCCAGCGCAUGACCUUAAGCAGAACCGUGAUGAUCAUUGCUUCCUACUGGGUCUACGCUUUUGCCAUUGUGGCUCUGCACAACCUGGUCACAGUCGGCGUUGCCACACAGAUCACUGGCAUUAGUACGCUGGCGGCCAACAUAGUCACCGUGAUCAUCAUGAUCGGUCUAAACAUCAAGUUGUUCAUGAUCGCCAGGUACCAACUGGGGAGAGAGCCGCCGUCCGCAGAGAGGGAAUCCAAGCGGGCAUCCAUCUAUCUGAUACUGGUGGUGGCCGCCAGUUUCUUGGGCACCUGGCUGCCAAUAUUCUGUCACAUUACCGCCUGUAACUUUCUCGCUUCCGUGUGUUACUCUUUUAAGAACGAGGGCACCGACCCUCUGCGGAUUCUGCCGCGCGUAAACGCAGCCCUCACCCCUGUCCUGUACAUCUACGGCUGUUCUCCGCUGAGAGCCACGCUGCUCAAGAGUGUGUGGAGACCCUGCUGGAGGAGGAAGACGAGGUGA